AUGCUAAGGGGUUUGAUUAAUGCUUACUGGCCAGUAAAAGCUGUCCCAGAUUUACUGUUUACGAGAGGUAUUUUCAUUUGCUCAAUCGGAAACCCUGAACCCGAAUACAAAGAUACGAGACACAAUGUUGGACACAAGGUGAUGGACCAACUCAUCCACAUGUAUUGGAAAGAGCACUUGUAUAAGCAAGAAAACUACUAUUACUCCCGAAAAUAUCCCAAUUUAGUAUUGUUCAAAUCCGACUCAACAUUAAUGAAUCUCCAGGGUAAAAUAGUAUGGAAACAUUUCCAACAGUUUCGCAAACAGUCAAACUUGAUAGUUCUUCACGAUGAUUUAGAGCGUAACUUGGGAAAGUUUCAAGUGAGGAAACCAGGCACGAGUUCAAGGGGACACAAUGGGCUCAAGUCAAUCGACGAAGUCUAUAAAAACAAGUAUGAGAAAAUAGCUAUAGGUAUAGGAAGACCAAGUUCAAAGUCUGUGACAAAUUACGUUCUUCUGAAAUUUGAUGCAAAAGAGCAGGAAAUUUUGGAUUUCGAAGUUAUACCUAAAGUUGUGAAAGAAUUGGAAUGCAAAAUUGAAGCCGAUUUGAGACGCCUUAGGAGUUCGAAGGGAAAGGAGGCACCCCUACCAGUUGGUAUUAAAAAAGUAUAG